GAGGAGCAGGCCGCGGCGCUCAUGGCGGGCCUCACGAGCGAGCAGCACGCGGUCCGCGUCGAGCAGUACGGGAAGAACGAGAUCCCGCAAAAGGUCGUGCGGUGGUACACGAUCCUGCUCAAGCAGUUCACGAGCAGCAUGGCCAUCAUGAUCGAGCUGGCGCUGAUCCUGGCCGCCGCCGUCGAGGAGUGGGAGGACUUCGCGAUCAUCGCGUCGCUGCUCGCGAUCAACGCGGCCAUCGGGUUCUACGAGGAGUGGGAGGCGAUGAAGAAGGUCGACUCCAUCAAGAGCGCGCUGAGCCCCAUGUGCACCGUGAAGCGCGACGGCGAAUUCUCCAAGAGGCUCACCGUGGAUCUGGUCCCCGGCGACGUCAUCUACCUCCGGGGCGGCGACUCGAUCCCCGCGGACGUCGACUACCUCUCGGGCGACGCCAUGUCCGUCGACACGGCCGCGCUCACGGGCGAGCCCUUCCCGCGCAAGUGCCCCGACGCCAAGGGCGACCGGCGCUCCAUGGCGGGCUGCACGGUCGUCGCCGGCAACACCUACUGCCUCGUGCAGCGCACGGGCAUCUUCACGGAGAUGGGCUCCGCGACGAUGCUCAUCCAGCAGUCGACGAAGCCCACGGUCUCCGUCUUCGAGCGGUCCAUCAUCGAGGUCUGCGAGCUCGUCAUGUCCGUCGCCCUGCUCUUCCUCAUCGCCGUCUUCGUCGUGCUCUACGAGCGCGGGACGGGGACGACGGAGACGCUGACCGCGUGCCUCGCGAUCCUCAUCGCGGCCGUGCCCGUGGCGCUGCCCGUCGUCAUGCAGGUGACCCUCGCUUUGGGCGCCGGCGAGAUGGCCAAGCAGCAGGCCAUCGUGACGCACCUCACGGCCAUGCAGGAGAUCGCGUCGAUGACGAUGCUCUGCAGCGACAAGACGGGCACGCUGACGACGGCGAAGAUCAACGUCUUCUUCGACCAGAUCUGGUGCGCGCCGGGCUACACCAAGGAGCAGAUUCUCGAGUGGGCCUCCGUGGCGUCGAACCCGCACACGGACGACGACCCCAUCGACGUGGCCGUCCUCCGGUCCUUCAAGGAGUCGUUCCCGGGCGACUUCGACGACCGCAUCAAGCGGUUCACGGUGACGAAAUUCGUCGGCUUCAACGCCGAGGUGAAGCGCACCGUGGCCUACGCGACGCACACCGUCGACGGCGACCUCAAGCUCUCCAAGGGCUUGAUCGACAAGGUGCUCGAGACGGGCCAGGACGGCGGCGACGAGUUCGCGUGCUCCAACGGCGCGGCGCUGCGCCCGGAGAUCGAGGAGAUCGACGAGGCCCUGUCCAAGUCGGGCUACAAGACGCUGGGCGUCGCCGUGGGCCGCGCGCAGGCCGACGGGUCCUGGGCCAUGGAGUUCGCGGGCAUCAUCCCGAUGCUCGACCCGCCGCGCGACGACACCAAGUGGGUCAUCGAGCAGAUCAAGGCCUGCGGCAUCGCCGUGAAGAUGAUCACGGGCGACCACCAGAACAUCGCCGCGGAGACGGCGCGCCUCAUCGGCCUCGGCGACGGCAUCCUGCGCCGGGACCGGCUCGCGAUGCGCGAGAGCGACGAGAAGGACAUGCUCGUCCGCGACGCGGACGGCUUCGCGCAGGUCAUGCCCAAGGACAAGAACGACGUCGUGCGCGUGCUCCAGGCUUUAAACUACGUCGUGGGCAUGACGGGCGACGGCGUCAACGACGCGCCGGCGCUGAAGCAGGCGCACAUCGGCAUCGCCGUCGAAGGUUCGACGGACGCGGCGCGGAACGCCGCGGACAUCGUGCUGACGACGGAGGGCCUCGCGCCCAUCUUCACGGCGGUCCUCGAGUCGCGCAAGAUCUUCCAGCGCGUCUACUCCUACGUGCUCUACCGCAUCUCCGCGACGAUCCAGAUCGUGCUCGUGCUGUCGCUGCUCAUCUUCAUCUGGAACCAGACGAUCAAGCCGCUCUACAUCAUCCUCCUGGCGCUCUUCAACGACCUGACGAUGAUCACGAUCUCCUACGACAACGUCAUCCCGAGCCGCUCGCCGGAGCAGCCGACGAUCGCGCGGCUCCUCCGCAUGACGUGCUGCUUCGGGUCGUUGAUGACCUUCGAGAGCCUCCUCUUCUACGUCAUGGGCAAGUACACGAACGCCUUCAACGACCAGUUCAAGCACAACUCGGACUACCGCCAGUCCAUGGUCUACCUCCAGAUCAGCGUGGCCAUCGAGUCCAUGAUCUUCAUCACGCGCGUGCCCGAGGCGCCGUUCUACUCGUCGAAGCCCAUCCGGUCCCUCGUGCUCUCCGUCGUCGCGGCGAACGUCAUCGUGACCAUCCUCUGCAUGACGGGCGCGCUGGGCGACAACAUCGCCGUCAAGGACGCGGCCCUGGUCUGGCUCUACGACACGGUCUGGUUCUUCAUCAUCGACGUGCUGAAGAUCCCGCUGACGAUGACCGUGGAGAACUACUUCCCGCCGCCGCCGUCGAACCUGGGCAAGCGCACGGCCGAGGCGACGGCGGCGGUCAACGGCGAGCCCCACCCGGGCCUCAACUUCGGCUUCGUGGACAUCGGCUACACGUACGUGUCGGACGCGCUCGCGUCCGCGUCCAACGCCGUCACGGGCUGCGUCCACCCGCACGCGCCCCAGGGCGGCUCCUCCGCCAACGUCAUGGCGGCCGCGUCGUCGAGCCUCCACAAGGAGGAGACCAAGAGCGGGCCGGGCAUCGUCUAG